GUAGAGCUUCACGUGGCGGGUUUGUUUGAAUUAUUGGUGUAGAUAUUUCUGCUUCGCUUUUUUGAAAAAAUGGAAGAAAGUUUUUAUAGUUACCUCUUUGAAGAUGAGUAUUCAGCGACUGAGGAUGAGGAAGAAAUCCUUAAUUUCCAAAAGAUUCCCCGGCAUAUAAGUCGGAAAAUCAAAAAAAAUGCAUGUGAUCCUCAAAUAACUGAGGAUACAUCUGAAAGUGAGGAAGACGAAAAUAUUCUUCCUUCAUCAAAGGUGGUUAUACGCCAUUUACCACCUGAGAUGACUGGAGAAUUCUUUUUCCAGCUUGUGUCUCCUUUGCCUGCCCAUGACUACAAAUACUUUGUAGAGGCAAGCAAGGAGUUCAACAAAAAAAUGUAUGGAACAGCAUACAUUAAUUUUGUAAACAGGGAGGAUGCUGUAUUGUUUUUGAAACAAUACAAUGGACACAUCUUCCAGUGUGGAAAAGGGGCAAAGUCUAAAGCCAUUGUUGAGUUUGCACCUUUUGCUAAAAUUCCAAAAGGUCCUUCUUCAAAAGAUCGUAUUUGUGGAUCAAUUGAUGAUGAUCCCGACUACCUAGAGUUUUUGGAAAGCUUGAAGACAAAAAAUGCAGAAAUAUCAAAAGAGGAUGAAGUUGAAAAAGCUGCUUCCAGAACCUUCGAUCCACUCGUUAAUUACAUUAACACACAGAGAUCUGAGCGUGUUGUCAGGAGGAAAUACAAACAUCCUCAGAAACAUUAUCGAAACUGGUGGCCAAAAUACUGAUCAAUGAUGGUUAAUGGGGACACAUUACAUUCUUAAUUUUUUUAAAGCUUUAUUUAAAGUAUUAUUGAAAUUAUUUUGAUUAUAUUUUUUAACAUUAAAUAUCACUUAACUCAUUUUUUUUUUUUUUUUCAAUUCUGUAUCUUAUUGAAAAACAGUAUUUUAGUUGAAAUUUUUUUUUAAUUCUUUUAAUUUUAUUUAUUUGCUUCAGGUCAUCAUUAGCAUUAAUCUAUACAAUAGGGAUUUAAUAUAAUGCAGUCAGUAUUUCUGUCAAACGAACUGAUUGCCGAAGGUGGCUAGUUGUAAAUAAAUAUCAAAUAAUUUAUUAAAUACACCACUUUCAAAUUUUGACACAAUGAGUAAAAAUAAAAGUUGAAUAAAAUUAAUUAAAAUAAAAUAAAACUUGAUAUUUUGACCAAUUUUCAGGUAAUGUGUCUCCUAACAUAUCGAU